AUGGAUGACCCUGCUCAGUAUAGGCGACUGGUGGGACGGCUUAUUUAUCUAACAAUAACUCGGCCUGAGUUGUCUUAUUGUGUGCAUAUUCUUGCUCAGUUCAUGCAACAACCGAAGAAAGCUCAUUGGAAGGCAGCUGUUAGAGUUGUGCAUUAUUUGAAAGGAAAUCCAGGUCAGGGUAUACUACUGCAUGCCAAUUGUGAUCUCAAAUUGUCUGCUUACUGUGAUUCUGAUUGGGCUAGCUGUCCUUUGAUGAGACGGUCUUUGACCGGUUAUUUUAUUCUUUUGGGUGAAUCCCCUAUCUCAUGGAAUACUAAAAAGCAACAGACAGUGUCUCGCUCAUCUGCUAAAGCUGAAUAUCGGUCUAUGAGUACUACAACUUGUGAACUUAAAUGGUUGAAAGGAUUAUUGAAUUCUCUUGGUGUGACGCAUACUGAACCUAUGAAUUUGUAUUGUGAUAGUUAG